GAGGAGUAAAGGUAAUAGCAGGGAAUUGGAAAAAUGCAGAGAAGGCGAAGAGCAAUUGUCAUACUUACGGUGGGCUUAGUAUGCCUAAUGAUUACCCUAACACAGUCUGAAACUGAAUCUAUACCAGUGGGAGUGAUUCUGGAUUCGGAUUCAUCCCUUGGUUCCAUGGCUCUCAGCUGCAUCAACAUCUCACUCCGUGAUUUCUAUUCCACGCAUGAUUCUAAUUCAACAAAGCUCCAACUUCAUUUCAGGGAUUCCGGAAAGAAUCUCACCACUGCAGCUUCUGCAGCUCGAGAUCUAAUUAACAAGGAAAAGGUGCAUGCAAUCCUGGGACCUAAAAAUUCAGAGCAAGCAAGGUUUGUUGUAGAGCUUGGUAACAAGUCUGGUGUACCUGUGAUUUGGUUUUCUUUAUCUGGUCCAUCUCUUUUGCCGCCUCGUUCCCGAUUCCUCAUCCAUUCCAUCUCCACUGGAAGCCAGUGCUCUCAGUUCGAAGCUAUAGCAGCCAUCAUCCAAGCUUAUAAUUGGCAAUCUGUGAUCCCCAUUUAUGAAGAGCCAGAAUUCGGCAAUGACCUCAUUCCAUGUCUCUCUUAUGCCUUGCAAGACAUGGACACUCGAAUGCCUUAUACAAGUUCCCUUCGUCAGGAUUCCUCGGAUGAUCAAAUCACCCAAGAGCUUAAAAACAUAAAAGGCAACCGAACAUAUGUAUUUCUUGCCCAUAUGACCGUAGACCUUUGGUCAAGGCUAUUGAAACGUGCACAAAAGGAAGGGCUGAUGAGUGAAGGAUACGUUUGGAUACUUACGCAAGGCCUAUCUUCUGUGCUAAAUCCCGAAGCUCUAGAUAAGAAGGCGAAAGGCUACAUGGAUGGUGCUUUGGGUGUGAAGCCAUCAUUGGAUGUUUCCAACAUAACUAAGCGCGCUUCCUUAGCGACAACAUUAAAGUCCAAGUACGGUAAAACUCUCUCUCUAUAUGGCCUAUGGGCUUAUGACACUAUCACAGCGUUGGCCAAUGCGGUAGAGAAGGCCGAAUUAGUUAAUUCUGCUUCCAGAUAUAGGAUUCAAAGCGGAGUUGAUCUUCGCAAUGAAACAGGCCCAGAACUUCGCAAAGCAAUUCAGGAUACUGAUUUCCAAGGCCUAUCAGGAGAUUUCAAUUUGAGCCAAGGACAACUAGAAACAUCACAAAUUGUAGUAUACAAUGUGAAAGGCCAAAAUGAAAGCAUCAUUGGACAUUGGAGCCCCGAAAAUGGCCUUAAGCUUAUUCACAAUCACAGUGAAGGUAACGCAACGGAGAGACUAGCAAAGUUGAAAAUUGGGGUCCCAAGAACGCAUUUUACUGAAUUUGUUAAUUACUCGUCUGAUCCUGAAGAAGGGCAGAAUAAAUCAGCUGCCGGUGGCUUUGCUGUUGAUGUGUUCAAAAGAGUGGUUGAUGUUUUGCCAUUUUCUCCAUCUUAUGACUUUGUGCCCGUAAACAUUAAUGGAGAGCAGACUCCCUCGAGCUACGAUGAUCUUCUCUGCCAAAUCAAAAACAAGAAUCUUGAUAUUAUAAUUGGAGACAUUACAAUCGUAGCGAGUCGCACAAAAUGUGUUGAUUUCACAGUGCCGUAUUUAGAUUCAAGCAUGGCAAUGGUGGUAAAGGUGAGGUCCGACUCCAAAAAUGGGUGGAUUCUCCUCACACCUUUUGAUUGGUUACUAUGGCUAGUUCUUGCUGUGAUUUUUGUGGCAUGA